AAAAAUGAUGUAGCUUUGGAUUUGGAUCCCUGACCUGCAGAAUGCAGAUGAAGAUGAAUCCAUUGAACGUCAACUGGGUUGAUCCAUGGCAAAACGCAGUGUUUCAAUCAUCAGUGUAACAAACUCUUUUGUAUGAUUCUCAUUGCUACAAUGAGGUUUCAUCUAUUCGACCAACUAACCCACUCUCAAAAAUCUGCUUUUGCUGUGGUUUUCGUGAUUCUGUUGCCCCCUUUUUUCCCCAAUCUUUUUCACCCUUUGGGUCGUGCUUCACCUUCUAUGUUCUCUGAGUGGAAUGCUCCGAAGCCUAGGCACUUGGCUUUGUUAGAGGGUGCUUUGCAACGCCAAACAUCUGUUGAACUGCAAAAUAGUCUUUGGUCUCCCUUGGCUUACCAAGGAUGGAAACAGUGUAUUGAGCCUCCAAAAUCACCUUCACUACCUGAAAAGUCUCGGGGUUAUAUCCAGAUUUUCCUGGAUGGAGGUUUGAACCAGCAGAAGAUGGGGAUAUGUGAUGCUGUUGCUGUUGCUAAGAUUUUGAAUGCGACGUUGGUGAUCCCACAUUUUGAAGUGAAUCCUGUUUGGCAAGAUUCAAGUUCAUUUGCAGAUAUAUUUGAUGUGGAUCACUUCAUUGAUGUCCUCCGUGAUGAAAUUUCUGUAGUGAAAGAGCUUCCUAGUGACUUCUCAUGGAGCACAAGGGAGUUCUAUGCCACGGGCAUAAGAGCUACUAGAAUUAAAACAGCACCAGUUCAGGCUACUGCUGACUGGUAUAUAGAAAAUGUCUUGCCUGUACUUCAGAGUUAUGGAAUUGCUGCCAUCGCACCAUUCUCUCAUCGCUUGACAUUCAACAACUUGCCAUCAGAAAUCCAGCGUCUUCGUUGUAAGGUCAACUUUGAAGCACUGGUCUUUGUUCCACAUAUCAAGGAAUUAGGGAAGGCCCUUGUUCAUCGCCUCCGCUACACGCCUACCAUCAACCAAGCAGAAGGCAAUGACUAUCUGCUGGAGGAAACUCACAAGUUUGGAAAACAGCAAACUGGGAAGUUUGUCGUGUUGCAUCUGCGUUUUGACAAAGAUAUGGCUGCUCAUUCAGCCUGUGAUUUUGGUGGCGGUAAAGCUGAGAAGCUUGCUCUAGCUAAGUACCGGCAGGUGCUUUGGCAGGGAAGGGUAUUGAACUCUCAAUUCACUGAUGUAGAGUUGAGAAAUCAGGGGCGUUGCCCACUGACUCCUGAAGAGAUUGGGUUGCUCCUGGCAGCUUUGGGGUUCAACAAUAGAACACGGCUUUAUCUUGCUUCCCACAAGGUUUAUGGUGGAGAAGCUCGGUUAGCAACUCUAAGCAAGUUAUUUCCUCUUAUGGAAGAUAAGAAGAGCCUAGUCUCUGCAGAGGAACUGGCCAAGGUUAAAGGAAAGGCAUCACUAUUAGCUGCUGUUGAUUAUUAUGUGAGCAUGCACAGUGACAUCUUCAUUUCUGCUUCUCCCGGCAAUAUGCACAAUGCUCUGGUGGGACAUCGUGCUUAUAUGAAUCUGAAGACUAUCAGACCAAACAUGGCACUGUUGGGCAAGCUAUAUCUGAAUAAAAGCAUGGGGUGGUCAGAAUUUCAGCAUGCAGUUCUUGAUGGACAUAAGAACAGACAAGGGCAGAUAAGAUUACGAAAGGAGAAGCAAUCAAUUUAUACAUAUCCUGCUCCAGAUUGCAUGUGUAGAGCUUAAUGGAAACAAGUUUUGGCAGUUGUAAAUUGAUAUUGAGCUUAAUCGCUCUUUGGCUUCUUUAAUUUCACCAAAGUCCAGUUUUUCUCCCCCGAGUUGAAAUUGCAGUGGUUUUGUUCUGAUAG